UAAAUCCCAUCAAAAUUGAUGUAAAAUAAGAACACUACAAAAAGGGUGGCCUGGAUUGUGUGGCCUGAAAUGUGUGGCCUGCAGCUGGAUAUAUUUAGAAGACAGGAAGUUAAGCAAACAUUGGAUUCGGACAUGCCGAUGCCUCUCAGCAUUGAAAUGCUGAGUGGACGUUCUUAACAAGAUCACACAACCACUCAUAGGUAAACAUUACAUGAAAGGCUUCCUGUGGAGAGUGCGACUUUUGUUUUCUGAUGACAGAGGUGAUGCAUUUCUCUAAAACAAAAGUGAAAGUUUUUCAGACCAGAAACGUAUUCUGAUGUAGAAGCUGCAGAAGAUAAGGAGAGAUGGCUAACUGUGCUGAUGUUUCAAACAUCAGUAUCUCAGCGAAGGAUGGCAGCAAUAUUUCAGCACCAGUCUUAUCAAACUUAAAGGUUAAAGGAAGCAUAAACAUUACAAACUAUUUUACAGAUAAUGUUGAAUCUGCAACUGAAACCACAGAUACAGUCUCAUUGAUCACUGAAUACAAGAAGUCAAUACUGGCCGAGUAUGCUUAUUUGACAGAACACACCUCUCGUGCGGGUGAACAGGUGCUCCUUAAUGACCGUUACUGUGACCCAAUGAUUGUUCACAAACACAGAGAAAGGGAGGAGAAAGAGCAGGAGAUGCGUUCAAGAGGAGAUAAGUUCUUCAUCUCCAGAUCUAACCAAAGAAACAAAAACAUCAGCCUCAAUCAACUUUUCAGUCCGGAGAGCGAGGCUAAGAAAGAUGUGCCGAGAGCUGUAAUUCUCCAAGGAGACUCUGGAAGUGGGAAAUCCAUCACCGCACUUAAGAUCCUUCUGGAUUGGGCUUCUGGAGAGCUUUACGUUGAACUCUUUGAUGUUGUGUUUUAUCUGAGGUGUCAGGAGCUCAGUGGUCUUUCGGGUGAGAUGAGUCUGGUGGAAGUUUUGGACUGCAGCUUAACUCAAAAUGAGAUUACUCAGAUCCUAAAGGACAAAUCACAGAAAACCUUGUUCAUUGUCGAUGGCUUUGAUGAACUCGUUAUGUCCUCAACCAAUAAGUCCUUGCCACCAAAACCAAAUAUCAAAGCCCAUCCAACAACCAUUCUCUGUUCUCUUCUGAAAGGACGAAUGAUGAGAGAUUCUUUCCUGCUGGUCACCACAAGGUCAGCAGCUGUAGAUAAACUGGAAGCCGUUCUUAAAAAGCCACAAAGCUUCAUGGAUAUCUUAGGUUUCUCAGAGAAAGGAGUAAUGGAAUACUUCGAAAAGUUCUUCGACGACGAAGAAUUUUCUAAACAAGUAUACGAGCAGGUCAGGGUGCACGAAAUGCUCCACACCGUUUGCUUCGUUCCGGUCUUCUGCUGGAUCAUCUGCACAAUUUUCAAGAAAAAGGGAAAAGAUGCCAUUGCCACCAGUGAGCUGACCACCACCACCUCCAUUUUUGUUGACUUCACGGUAACGAUGUUGAAGCAUCAUAGUAGUUUAAGUCAGGAGGAACAGUUCAACCUACUUAAGAGUCUGGGCCAGCUGGCGGAGAGUGGGACGCCAAAACGUCAAAUACUUUUUCGCAAGAGCAGUCUUCCGAAGGAAAUCUCAGGUAUUCCCAACGUUCCCUUUCUCUGCACGUUUCGUCAACAGGAGAGAAUGUUUCUAAAAGAGAUGGUCGGUUUUAUGCACCUCAGCUUCCAGGAAUUCUUCACCGCUCUCUCGUAUUUGUUAACGGACAAGUCGGAGGUGAAAAUUAAAGUCAAGGAGCUGCUUGAACUGGCAGGCAAUAGGAGGCACAACGACCAUCUCUUUCCUGUAAUCCGCUUCCUUUUUGGUCUCUCUAACAAAAAGAUUAGUCGUCUGUUUGUGGGGGAACAGCAGCGGUCUGCAUCUUCUGUCAUUCGUGCGCAGCUGGAGAAAUGGAUAGGCAGAGUUUUAGUGAAGAACACCAUGAACACCUUUUACAUGAGUGAUUUCAUUCUUCAUUGUCUUUAUGAGCUUCACGAUAAGGACAUUUUAAAGAAUGUUAUGAGGCUCUGGGAAAAGUCAGGCAUUCACAUACACUGGACUCUGAAGAGUAUUGACUGUCAGGUCAUAAUUUUUUGUCUUCAGUACAGUAAACAGAUUAGCAGAUUGGAGCUAAGGUGCAAUGCAGAACAUCUUAAAGCGCUUCAUUCUGCCAUCAGCAGGUGUUACACACUGUGGUUGGAAUUUGAAUCCAUGUCAGACACUGAUGUUGACGUCUUGAUUUCAGGUCUAGGGAGGAAGAAGGAAGUUGGCUAUCUGAAGAUGCAGGAUGGAGAUUUAUCAGAUGAAAGUGUGCAGAAGAUCUUGAAGUCCAUUCGUGGUCAGCAGUCAGUGGGUGACAUUCGCCUCUCCGUGAGGACCAUCAGCUAUGACAAUGCAGAUCUAAUCAUGAACUUCCUCAUUAAAGAGAUGAUGGGGAAAGAGUUCAGCAUUUGCAUUGCCAGUCAAGCAGAGACAAGAGAAGAGAGUCUGUGCUCGGAGUUCGAAGUUAAGACCCAAAAAAAUUAUUGCUGGUUGACUGUCGGGCACUCGGAAGAGAAUGAGGAUGAAAUCUUAAAACAACCUGGUGUUGGUUAUUAUCAGGCCUUUUCAAAAAUAUCCUUUGCGAUCUCUACUACGUCUGAAAUAUCUACAGUUGAUUGGAGAGAUUUCCUCAAGAUAUCCAAUAACCUCAGAUGCUUCUCAAAUGUUAAAGAUGCAGAGUUUGGUGAAAACCUGGAUUUACUUUUAUCAUUCCUGAAUUCAGUUCCUGGUUUAACUGAGGUUGAUAUACAUGCCACAUACCUGACAGAGAUUUGGACCUCAAGAAUUCUUUCCUACCUUCAUGUCAAUCCUAAGAUUUCUUGCGUAAUGUUUAAUGUAAAAUUCGUCUUGAUGAGUGAUGUUGAAAGAGUCUGUUCAACGUUUUCCGUCUCUAGAAAGCCAUUUGUGCCAUAUAAGAUGCAUGACAGUGAGGAAGAUAAUCCAUCAUUGAUCCUCUCAGUGGACAGAUGGGCUUAUGAUGCUGUACGCUGUAGCAGUGGAAAGCCGAUUCAGUCGCACCCUCAUGACACACCAGCUCUUGUGAAACUCAACCUCAGUGUUCCUCCUCUGGAAGGAUCUUGUUUCACUUGGGAGAAACUUUUCCAGGAGACCUACAAGCUUAUUCAGUUGAUAGAAAUACCCCCAGAUCUGGAGAAGCGUGUUGAUUCUCUGUUGGUGGUUUUGGAUUCGGUUCCUGGUCUUAAGAAAAUACAACUGUGGCUAAACUACAUGAAUGAGAUUUGGGCCGCUGGUCUCUUCUCUCUCUUUAUGUCUCGCUCGAGUUUACUUCACUUAGAGUUGAAAACCAGUUUGACUAUUGGUGUGGAGAGUCUGGGAAUGAUAAGACACGAUGGAAUAAAGUUGUCUGUGGGAUGUAAUCAUGUGAAUUAUAUAGAUGACAUUGACAUCAGUUUCAUUGAACCUCCAGUACACAAAAUGCUUCCCUGCAUCGCCUUAAUGUUACCAGAUAAAUCUGAGAGCAGAAACGCAGACUGGAAAAAAUUCUUUCAUGCCUACAAUCAGCUGAAAGUCUUGACUGAAAAUUGUCCAGAGUAUGAUGAACGUGUUAAUGACCUCCUCUCUGCCCUGCACUCUGUGUCUGGUCUGAAGUUUCUGGAACUUGUAGUGAAAUUCAUGACUGUAGAUGGAGCAUCUCGAGUCCUGGAUCUCAUUCACACUAACCCCAGUGUGCAGAUAAUAAAUUUCUUGGCUAUUAGGCUUCCAGAAACGACCGAGACAGACUUCAGUGAGAAAUGCGGUAAUACAAUCUUCAGGAAAAGUAAGAGUGAAGAGGACAGUGAUGAGGACAGAUACAAUGGUUUUGGGUUUCGGACUGCAGGACAGGUGGAGGAUAGUGAUGAUGAAGUGAGCUUGUGUUCAUCUCUCAGUGACAGCAGCAAUGAAAGCAGCGAUUGUGAUGAAUUGGACGACACAAACCGUUUCUGUUCAUCUGAGAUCCUCUGCACAAAGAUCCAGGUGCACAAAAUGAGCAGUGGAAGUGACAGUGCAAGUAAAUGGAGGAUCAUUUUAAAAUGCACUUCUUCCAGUCCAGAUACACAGUCGCCUCUCACAUCCAUAACCCUCACCCUGUUUGAAACCUCAGGAAAACCCAGCACGGACUGGAGAGACUUCCUAUGGGCGUAUAACCAAUGCAAAGGGAUAUCUACAAUGAGCUCGCUGUUUAAUGAGCGUGUAGAUGAACUGCUGCUCUCACUGUAUUCAGUUUCGGGUUUGAUUGAGUUGAAUUUAUCCACUGACACUCUGACUGAAAACUGGGCUCCAAAGAUCCUCUCCAUGUGUUACACAUACUUAAAUCUUCAAAACAUCUCUUUGCAGGUUGAGUAUAACAGGAGAGAGAGCGACCUCAAUGUUUGUUCCUCUAUCAACAUCACCAAAAACAUCACAGACUCCAUGGUCACUAUUGACAUUUCGUCAGCACACAAAAAGACCAGAACGAUACCAUCAUUCAUUUCAUUUACAUCACCAUGUUCAACGAUUCUCAAACUAGAUGGACAUGAACUCCUUCAAACCCUGGACUUACUUAAAGGUUUAAAGGCGAACGGUGAAGAGCAUGAAGAGUAUGUGGAUGAUUUGAUGGGAAUCUUGUUCUCUGUUCCUGAUCUCCAGAAGGUCGCAGUGUACAUUGGCAAUCUAACAGAGAAGUGGGUGAAAAGGAUUUUGUCAUUUGCUGAAGGUUGUCCAGGUCUUCAGGAGAUCAGAUGUAACUGUAUAGAAGAUGCUGGUUUGGUGUUGGAAGAGCAUGCAGCACUUCUGCAGAACUCUCAAAUGGAUUCAGACUGCAUGAUAAUGAUUACAGGAAAAUCAUCCUGCAGUGAGAAAGUGGAACUCACCUUCUGUAAGAACUCGCUCUCAACAAAUGUGCUGAAAGAUGAAAGUGAAUCUGAUGGAGACAUUGAAUGUGAUGAAUUUGACUUGGAGUAAGAAACAGCCUGAUUUUAAAGAUUUAGGAUGAUUUUGGAAGAAGAAAAAUCUAAAAUUGAAACAAAUACUUAGUUUAAAUAAGCACACAAAUUGUUAAUGUGAUGACACCACUGGGUGGCGGCAGAAAGCUCAGUCCCAGGAGUUACAUAACACAAAAAAACUGCACAUGCACCCAGAUUCAGUGAUUUAGUAUUGAUAGCUUAAGCUGAUACAGUUCUAGUAUUAUAUAUUUACAGAGUCAUGUGUGUCGUACAAAAAAAGAAUAACAUGAACACAAAGAGUUGUAAAGUGAUAAGUACAUGUGAUUAGGCCCAAGUGUGUGAACACAUUUCAACAUGUCCUCAUGCUGGUCAUCGUUUCAAGGGCCAGUCCUGAACCUACUGAUAAAACUAUGACGUGAAAUGCAAAAAUCAUGAUGAAAAUGUUGUAGAUCAAAUAUAUUUCUGUUA